AAGAGCCACCCAAUAAAAUGAUUGCCAAAGAAGAGGAAGAGAAUAUCCCAUACGUAGUUCAUCCCUUCUCCACCCAAAAAAACCUUUUAACACCCCAAAAAUAACACUAUCUCAUUCUCCACCACCUUAUCACCAUAGCCCAAAUUUGAAACAUUUCUUCUCCAAAUGUACCAGAGUUAUUCAUGACAACUUUACUACCCCCCACCCCUACUCCACCCUCCCACUCCACUUCACCAUUUCCCUUCUCCCAAAAUCUCCUUUUCAACCCCUUCUCCUCUUCCACCAUCACAUGUAAAGCCACUAAUAACUCAUUUCAACCACAACCCACUUCAAAUUCUUCCUUAAUAAACUCAAAGAACACAUUUUUAGCCUCACCUGACAAUACCCUUUUAACCCUUUUGCAACAAAGAAAAACUGAUGAAGCUUGGUUGUAUUACACCAAGAAUCUUGAAAAUCAAGAACUACCUAACCCCACUUGCCUUAGCCGUUUAGUUUCACAAUUAUCUUACCAAAAUUCAACAGUUGGACUGCGCCGUGCUCAGUCUAUUAUACAGCGACUCCGCCAUGAAAAGCAGCUCCACCGCCUCGAUGCUAACUCCCUUGGCCUUCUUGCUAGUGCUGCAGCUAAAGGUGGGCAUGUUCUCUAUGCAUCUUCUAUUAUUAAGUCCAUGUUGAAAUCUGGCUAUCUUCCUCAUGUUAAAGCUUGGAGCUCUGUUAUUAGCCGUCUUGCUUCAUCCGGUGAUGAUGGUCCAAUGGAGGCUUUGAGUCUUUUUAGUGCUGUUACUAAAAGGGUUCGUAGGUUUUCUGAUCUUGAUUUGGUCAAACAUUCGCGGCCGGAUACUGCCGCUUAUAAUGCUGUAUUGAAUGCUUGUGCUAAUAUUGGUGAUAAAAAUAGGUUCUUGGAGUUGUUUGAUGAAAUGAGUGAGUUUGAUUGUGAGCCAGAUGUUCUGACUUAUAAUGUUAUGAUUAAGCUCUGUGCAAGAGGUGAUAGGAAGGAUUUGCUUGUUUUUGUAUUGGAAAGGAUACUUGAAAAAGGAAUUCCAUUGUGUAUGUCUACAUUUCAGUCUCUUGUUGCUGCUUAUGUUGGUUUUGGUGAUUUGGUAACUGCUGAAAAAGUGGUUCAAGCAAUGAGGGAAGGAAGGAAGGAUCUUUGCAAGAUUCUAAGAGAGGCGAAUGUUGAAGAAUUGUGUUUGAAUGAUAGUGAUGUGUUUGAAAAGUUGCUUCCGAAUUCAGUUAAUUUUAGAGAUAAUGAGCCACCGGAGUUAUCUAGAGUGUUUGAACCGAAUUCUAGGAUGUAUACGACUUUAAUGAAAGGUUAUAUGAAUGCAGGCCGUGUUACGGAUAUGGUGAGAAUGUUAGAGGCAAUGAGACAUUUAGCGGAUAGUGAGAGCCACCCAGACCAUGUCACUUACACGACGGUUAUUUCAGCGUUUGUGAAGCAAGGUUUAAUGGAUAGGGCACGAGAGGUGUUGGCCGAGAUGGUCAGGAUUGGUGUGCCUGCUAAUAGAGUUACGUAUAAUGUUUUAAUCAAAGGGUAUUGCCAGCAGCUGCAUAUUGACAGGGCGGAAGAGCUGAUUAAGGAGAUGAUUGAUACUGGAAUAGAGCCCGAUGUGGUUUCGUAUAACACGAUUAUUGACGGGUGUAUAUUGGUAGAUGACAGUGCAGGAGCUCUUUCUUACUUCAAUGAGAUGCGAGCGAGAGGUAUUGCUCCGACCAAAGUAAGUUACACUACUUUGAUGAAAGCUUUUGCCUCAUCUGGUCAGGCUAAGCUAGCUAACAAGGUGUUUGACGAGAUGCUUAAAGACCCUCGAGUGAAGGUUGAUUUGGUCGCUUGGAACAUGUUGGUAGAUACAUACUCUAAGCUAGGAAAGGUUGAGGAAGCAAAGAGUGUGAUAGAGAGGAUGAAAGAAAACGGAUUUUACCCGAAUGUGGCUACUUAUGGCAGUCUUGCAAAUGCAAUUGCUUUGGCUAGGAAGCCGGGAGAAGCGCUUUUGCUAUGGAAUGAGAUAAAACAGAGGUGCGGGAUGGGAACCGGAACGGGAGAUGAGUCUAUUCCUUCUUCGGUGGUCCCACCAUUGGAACCGGAUGAAGGACUGUUGGAUACUUUGGCAGAUAUAUGUGUCCGGGCAGCUUUCUUCAGGAAAGCUUUGGAGAUUGUUGCUUGUAUGGAGCAACAUGGGAUACCACCAAAUAAGACCAAGUUUACUAGGAUCUACGUCGAGAUGCAUUCGAGGAUGUUUACCAGCAAGCAUGCAUCACAAGCUAGACAGGACAGGAGAAAGGAGCGGAAACGAGCAGCUGAGGCAUUCAAGUUCUGGUUGGGAUUGCCCAACUCCUAUUAUGGAAGUGAGUGGCGCCUUGAUUCAGUAAUUGAAGAUGACUACAGAACUGAGUAACUGAAGAUGAAAUGGAUCAGGUUAUAAAACAUAGAUAUUAUACUUGAAUAUAGAUUUGA